UGCACUGAAUCGCAAUCGGUUAGCGGAUCACCCGCAGCACGCUACAGCACGCCAUGGCUAGGACCAAGCAGACUGCGCGAAAGUCAACUGGUGGAAAGGCGCCUCGCAAGCAGCUGGCCACGAAGGCAGCUCGGAAGUCCGCGCCCGCCACCGGAGGCAUAAAGAAACCGCAUCGGUAUAGGCCUGGCACAGUGGCUCUUCGCGAAAUUCGGCGGUACCAGAAAUCGACUGAUUUGCUGAUCCGCAAGCUACCCUUUCAGCGCUUGGUUCGUGAAAUAGCGCAGGACUUCAAGACUGACCUGCGGUUUCAGAGUUCCGCCGUGCAGGCCAUGCAAGAAGCCUCGGAAGCGUACCUUGUCGGCCUCUUCGAAGACUGCAACUUGUGUGCAAUUCACGCUAAACGCGUCACCAUAAUGCCCAAGGAUGUACAACUUGCACGGCGCAUCCGUGGAGAACGAGCGUAGGCACCUUCCAGCACUGCGUGCUGAUCCUCUUCAUUUUCGGCGCUGUCGUCAAAUCAUUAGUAUGACUGUUUUUAGCAUCAUCUAGCGCAAUAAAGGGCUUCUCCACUGGUUUUAUGCUGA